AUGCCUACUGACUUCUUCACGUUGAGACAUCGUGAUCGCCAACGGGCCGCUGCUUACCUACAGGCCCGCAGUAAAGUCAUCACCGCUAUGGGCGUGAUUUACAAGCAAGUCGAAAUCUACAACUCCGCCCAAAUCAACCCCGCCUCCUACAAGUCUCUUGACAUUGACUGUCGAUUGCUUGAGCUAGAUGAUGAUGGGAAGCCGCUUCAGCCCCCAAACUCCGAUCCCUCCGACUCGAUUUUCUUUGAGCCUCGAGGUGCAACGUGGGUAGCCCCUGUUCAUGUUACCAACACCCAACGCGAGAGAGAAGUCAAGCGAUAUACCGAGCAAUGGGAGAGCGUCAAAGAUAACCCACUUGUUCAGAGCCUUCAUUCCCAGGUCUGGUUUCUCUAUUCGGGUUUGGAGCAUAUGUUUUUCCUCUUCCGCCGAGAGUUCUAUCCUGAAGGAGACGACAGAGUACCACCCAGCCUCAGGGAAAUGUUUAAAUGGGCAAAGAGUGGGACUAUCGUACCAUCUGUGUUUGCUGAUAGAUUUUACUCGGCUAUCUGGGGAUCGAUACGAUGGUUUCCCGGGAAGCCGCAUACUCUACUCGUCAUUUUGAUUAAAGAAGAGCCCAGUGAAGAGCUGUUCCGCGCAGAGGUCAUGGCUAUCACUAUUUUCGGACGAAUGCAAGCUCGAGUACUCGAAGCUCAUUACAGCCAGCAAGGGCUAGUCGUCAAGAAGACCCGGCUUCUUGAUUUCUCGACCAACCAAGUCGCUAACAAAAACAUGAACAUUCUGCUUGGAUUUAUGGCCAGUGACCUAGUCAGAGAUCCUAGAGGACCUACAGCUCCUACCGAUAUCCCAACGACUUUACCCACAGCCGAGAAAGUGGACACAGCGAAAGGAGGAACCCUUCGGAAGAUGUUCCGGAAAAUACGCCCACGAGUCGGGGCAGAUACAGAGUCAGAACAAUCGGAAGGGGUUACCCAGGGAUCAAGUGCCAACCGAAUGCCUGAAGUCCCAAGGAACCAGAUCUCUCAAGACAGCCCCUCUGGUCCAACUCCGGCUCUAGUCGCAGCGGGUACCCGUCUCGACGAAUUUGGCUCGUUACACGAAGACACAUACUAUAUCAAGCAAGGGCGCACCACUGACGUAACAGGAGGAGUGUGCAACGGUGUGUUGCCUGUUUGCAAAUGGGCGACACGAUACGAUAUCAAUGGUAAUAGCGUCGACAACAAAAAUAUUCGUACGGAGGAGUUUAUGAUUAUAGGUGUCCAAGAUCGCUUUAAUGAGUCUGGUGACUCUGGCUCAUUUGUCGUGGAUUCAACCGGGGCUGUUGUGGGCCUCCUGUUCGCCAACUACGAACACCAUUUGCAGACUGUCGGACUUGCAUUACCAGUCUCGGAUCUUAUGGACACGAUGAAUGAUCGACUUAAGGGUCCUGUUUCUCUACGUCUCCCGUAA